GUGGCGGCGCGGCACUCUCGGAGCCGAGCGCGAAGCAGAGACUCCACGGCCAUCUCGGAGCAGGUCAUGCCGCGCUCGUCGCCGCUCCUCUCGCUGCUGCUUCUGCUGCUGCCGCCGCUGGUCCCCGGGCUCGGGCUCCACGGCGCAGGCGGCCGGCACCCCGAGUGCGGCCCGUGCCUGCCCGAGCGCUGCCCUGCGCCCGUGCGCUGCCCCGCACCCGGGAUCGCGGCGCACGACGAGUGCGGCUGCUGCACGCGUUGCCUGGGCUCCGAGGGCGCGAACUGCGGGGGUCCGGCCGGCGCGCGCUGCGGCCCGGGACUGGUGUGCGCCAGCCGGGCCGAGGGGGCGGCGCCCGAGGGCACCGGGCUCUGCGUGUGCGCGCAGCGCGGCGCUGUCUGUGGCUCUGACGGCCGAACCUACCCCAGCGUCUGCGCGCUGCGUCUGCACGCCUGGCACGCGCCCCGCGUGCACCCGGGCCACCUGCACAAGGCACGCGAUGGCCCCUGCCAGUUCGCUCCUGUGGUCGUCUUGCCACCCCGGAGUGUUCACAAUGUCACUGGAGCGCAGGUUUACCUGUCCUGUGAGGUGAGGGCAGUGCCCACUGCGGUCAUCACGUGGAGGAAGGUCACACACUCUCCUGAGGGCAUUGAGGUACUGGAGGAGUUACCUGGGGACCACAUCAAUAUAGCUGUUCAGGUGAGAGGGGGCCCUUCUGACCACGAGGCCACAGCCUGGAUCUUGAUCAGUCCCCUGAGAAAGGAAGAUGAGGGCGUGUACCAGUGUCACGCGGCCAACGUGGUUGGGGAAGCCCUAUCCCACGGCACAGUGAUGGUCCUAGAUCUGAGCAGAUAUAAAAGUCCCCGCUCCCUAGCUCCAGCUGACCGCCUGUGAUGGACAAAGGGUCUUAGAGACAUUGAUCACAGGAUAACAGAAAAGUCAAGUACUGGAUCUUUCUGCUUUGUGAAGACUUGGAAAAACUGUGUUUGUAGAUGAUCUCUUUUGUAUGUUUUUCAAAAUUGGAUGUGAACUAAAUUCAUAUGCAGAUGUAGUUUUUAGCAGGGCAAACAUGGGGGAAAUAGACGUGCAUGUAGCUUUUUUAUACUUUUGGAAUGAUUGUUCCAUGCCAAUUCUUUUUUAACUACUCCCUCCCAAGGAGAUCAUAUAAUAGUAUGUUUGUAAUUCUAAAGGGCUCAAAACAAGGCAUGUGUCGACUGUGACUCACACCUCAUGUGUCUAUGACUGAUUAGUGGGUGCUCUGUGAUUUAGUGUGUAUUGUAGAAGGAGGGAGGAAGGUCCCAAUUCUCCUCAGCCUGUUUUUCACUUGCUGUGUGACCUUACAGAUCUCUUCCCCUCUCUGGGCCUUGAUCCUUCACCUGUGAUUGUGGCAUUUGAACUGAGGUCACCAGUAUCCCUCCUAGCCCUGCCAUCCUAGAGUAAGAUAGCCCUAAACAAAAAUACAGGAAGUGUGGUCUUAGCAUUCUUCUUAAAAUGAUAUUCCCCCCAAAACGAAUUAUCACCUCAGACCAGGGUGUGGACAGCUGGUGUGGCUUUUCUCUUCCCGCCUUUUCCCCAAUUUAAGAUUUAGUCCUAGAUGGGACAGUUCACUGGGCUCAGGAGCCCCUUGGGUGAGUGUUUGGGGACCACGCCAUCUACUUUUUCCCAGCACUCUACGCAGAUGGGCGGUGAGAUCUGGCUUCAGGACAUCACAGUGUGAAAGGGGGUGGAGGAUGCUGGGUGUUACCUCUGAGCCAUUGAGUCACAGCAUAGUACAAUGCGUUCUAUUUAAUAGACAUCUUGACCUCAUCCAAGAAUAAGGCUUUCUCCCUUUUUAAGGAGAAUAUUUACUACCUGGUGGAUCUCCAGGUGAUUAGAAUUUCUUCACAUUAGGCCUUAAAGUAGACACUGUCCCACUAAUGAGCCCAGGCCCAGGAGAGCAGGCAACACAGAAAUUAGUGCCCUGCCUCUUCCUGUUAUAGAUGAAGAAACUAGACUCUGGGUGGGGGCAGGACGGACCUCCUUGUCCAAAUUUGGAGGCCUCUGAGCAGAGACCCUGGCUACUUUCCACUCUAUGGUGGUUCUUUCCACGAUGACCUUAAAACCAGGGAAGGACAGUGCCACCACCAGUUCAGGGUUCUCACCAAGGUGAGGCUCAAGUUUUUUGUGGUUUUUCUUUUUUUGUUGUUGUUUUGUUUCGUUUGUGGUGCUGAGGAUGGAACCCAGAACCUUACACAAGUGCUUCACCACUGAACUAUACCCCCAACUCAAUUUUUUUGAGGUACUGGUGAUUGAACCCAGGGGUGUUCUGCCAAUGAGCUACAUUGCUAGCACUUUUUAUAUUUUAUUUUGAAACAGGGUCUUGCUAAGUUGCCCAGGCUGGCCUUGAACUUAUAAUCCUCCUGUCUCAGCCCCUGGAGUAGCUGGGACUACAAGUGUGCACCACCACACCUUGACCCAGUUUGACUUUUAAAGAACUCGUAUGCCUCUCAAGUUGGGCAUUAUGUUCUUGAGUACUCAUUAGAAUUGAACUUCCUUAUCUCUAAGUGUGGCCAUUUGUUGUCCAAAAUAUUGGGAUGGUAGCACCCUGAUAUACUCCACAACAGAAUGAGACCAACCUGGGAAUCUGGAGACAUGAGAUCCAUGCAGUUCAUCCUGGCUUGCUGUGUGACCAUAGGCAGGUGGCCUUCACUCCCUGGGCUUCUACACCCACAUCCGAAUAGGAAGGGAGUGAAACUAGAUGAAUGAUUUUCAAACUUUAAAACAUUAGGAUCCCUUCUUUGAAUAAAAUGAGAAUUGAAAUUGAUCAAAUCAGAAGCUAUCCUUGGCUACUGGUGGGUGGGGCUGCUCUUGCUACCGGGGGCGGGAAACUUGUUCACAUCCCCACCUCCCUCAGCACCUCCUGCCCUUUUCAUCUCCCACUGUUAUGAUUAUUUCCACAUCUGAGAGUCUGCCUUUAGUUCCACUGUAAGUUGAAUGGCUUAGAGAUGACUUGGUCAGACACUUCAAUUAUGUCAGAAGAAAUGGGCAUACCGUGACUCUGGAGAAGGUAAUAGAACCACAUCUGAUAAGAAGCACAUUCUGUGAAAUCAGUUGAAUCAUCAAAUCUUGCUCAUCACCAGUGGCAAUAAGGUGCAUUAACAUGACUGUUCAAACUAAUGGUUUUUUGAAUUGAGAACUCCAAGUCCUCUUUAAAGACCAAGAACAUGUGCUGAACUGCAGGUCUCAUUUGGAAGCACGAUUCACACACCACCACCCCCAAGCUUGUGUUUUUUUUCUACCCUAUUUUCAUAGAUGCUGUGGUGUCACAAUCCCUGCACCCUAAAAAUAAAUAUUUUUAAGGAUGGUC